UGGGGAAAUAGGGGGCGCGGCCUGGUGUUGGCAGCCUGUGGCGUUGGGGGGUAGGUAGUGGUCUGGCGCGUGAGGGAGGUGUGGCCACCCUUGGGGACUAGGGACGGACUAGUGGGAAGGGAUGGGCUCAGCUUGGUGUCAGUUGUCGGGGAAUGGCGCGGUCUGGCACACGUACUUAGGGGGCUGGGGGCGUGGCCUCGCACGUGGCCGUUGGUGGCGCGUGACGGGGGCGUGGCCUGGCACAUGCCCUCGGGGGUUGGGGGCGUGGCUUUGCACGUGGCUGUUGGCGGCGCCUGGCGGUCUGGGGCUGGAGGCGCGCAGGCUCGGCGGCGGCCGGGGCAGCUGCGGCAUGUGGCGGUUGCGCGGGCGGGUGGCGGUUGCGACGGCUGUGGGCCUGGCGCUGGCCCUGGAGGUGCUACCUUGGGUGCUGCGCUGGCUGCGGUCCGGGCGGCGGCGGCUGCGGCGUGAGGUGCUGUUCUUCCCGUCGCAGGUGACCUGCACCGAGGCUCUGCUGAAGGCUCCGGACGAGGCGGCAGCCGCGCUCCCCAACUGCUGCGGGUGCGGCCUGCCUCACAGCGAGAGCUCCCUGAGCCGCCUAAUGCGCGCCCUGCUGGCCGCCCGCGUCAGCCUGGAGCUCUGCCUGUUCGCCUUCUCCAGCCCGCAGCUGGGCCGCGCGGUCCAGCUGCUGCACCAGCGCGGGGUGCGAGUGCGGGUCGUCACCGACUGCGACUACAUGGCCCUCAACGGCUCACAGAUCGGCCUGCUGCGCAAGGCAGGUAGGCCCGGCGGGGGCGCAGGUGGAGAAGGCCGACCUGACCCACGAGGGGUCCUAGGCAAAGGUAUCCAGGUCCGGCACGAUCAAGACCUGGGCUACAUGCAUCACAAGUUCGCCAUCGUGGAUAGGAGGGUGCUCAUCACUGGCUCGCUCAACUGGACCACACAGGCCAUCCAGAACAACAGGGAGAACGUGCUCAUCAUGGAGGACAACGAGUACGUGCGGCUUUUUCUGGAAGAAUUUGAGCGCAUCUGGGAAGAGUUUAACCCUACAAAGUAUAUCUUUUUCCCACAAAAGAAGAAAAGUCACUGAAGCUGGGAGAUCACUUUCAUGGCACAGAACUUGUUGCACCUCCAGCCAAAACGAGACCUAAUCAAGAAGGGGACUGUAUCCUCCCUUUGCUCCAGUGCUGUUCACACAGCACUGGAGCAAAAGGUCUAGUGCAGAGACCUCAGCACUAGAAAAACACUGUUAAACGCCUGUCCAUUAGAAUACUAAAUUGAACUAAAGAAGGUUAGGGAAGGGAAUAUCUGUUAUUUUGGGCCAGACCUUUUUUUUUUUUUCCCCUCUGCCAAAAUAACUUCAGUCACAACCUGCCACAGGGGUGCUUUUGGGAGCGUGGCCUUUUUCUUGGUUUGGAAUCGAAGCUUCUGCCACAGUACAGAAAAGGCAUAGUGCCUCAUCCAGGUUGGUCCCAUUCCCUUCCCUGAUUCUAGAAAACCUCUGCUUUGCCAGACUUGGCCCUUUUUGCGUCUCCGUGAGAGUUCUUCCCUCUCUCCAUGUGGCAUGCUGGGGAUUGGCUGGGGCCAGCAGUCUCCUUGUCCCUCACAGUCUGUCCCUGUCGGGUCUCUCUUCAGAGUAGGGAAGUCAGGAGGAAGGGAAGAUCUGAGCGUGCGGUGGGGGUGGCAGGCAGUUUUCAGUGCAACCCUGUGAGCAUCAUUGCCACCAAAGGCUGGCUGUUCCCUUGCUUCUGUGCAUAAUUUCUCUUUAUAACCAGUAUGCAUGACAGUGCCAAGCUCUGCAGCUGGCCUGUCCUUGGGUAGUAAGUGCAGUGGUCUGUCAGGACCAACGGCCAGCAGCUGUUUCUGUUGCCAAAGUGGGCUUUUAUUUAUUUAUUUAUUUAUUUAUUUUGAGAUGGAGUCUGGCUCUGUGGCCCAGGCUGGAGUGCAGUGGCGUAACCUUGGCUCGCUGCAACCUUUGCCUCCCAGGUUCAAGUGAUUUUCCUGCCUCAGCCUCCUGAGUAGUUGGGAUUACAGGCACCUGCCACUACGCCCGGCUAAUUUUCUUUUUUUUUUCCUUAUUUUAGUAGAGAAGAGGUUUCACCAUGUUGGCCAGGCUGGUCUUGAACUCCUGACCUCAAGUGAUCCACCCACCUCAGCCUCCCAAAGUGCUGAGAUUAUAGGCAUGAGUCACCACGCUAAUCAAGCUUUUAACUUAAUAUCCUUAUGUUUAAAGUAAUUUUGUUGUGUGUUUAGAAGUUGACCUUACCUUUAACACCUGUGGACUUAGGGUGUGCACAUUGUUGGCUCAGCAUAACCCGUCACGGGACCAGAGGAGAGGAGAGGAGGGAAGAGGAGAGCAGUUUCAGGCUGUGAUGUCUCCCAUAUCUGUGCUCUUAUUUGCAGCUCAGGGUUUGCAUUCACAAGUAGAACAGGUGUUGUACAUUGUGAAAUGUUUUAGGUUAUUUGUUUAUAAUGUGUAUGUCAUAUAUAGAUAGCUCCAAUGACAUCUGAAUUUGUGACCUCACUGUCUUGUCAUAUUUCUAUCUGAUGCGCCCCAGGUUCCAUCCUGAGGUCUGCUGGCUGUGUGUGUGGUCUCACCUCCCGGCUCAUGCUGACACUACCACCCAGAGACCCUUCAGUGCUGUGUUUUUCCUUUUUAAAGUUACCCUUCAACAACAACAACAAAAGUAAAGUUACCUUUGACUCACAAUGUUAGGCUAGUCAGCCUGAAGUUAAUUUUUUAAAAAAUUCAAUUGAAGCUGGGAAGUAUAAUAUACAGAUUGGAAGUCACCAGAAAUUGUUUUAGUUUGUGAAUUCCCACAGUGUAUGUUCUGAAACAAAAAUGGGAGAACUUAGAAAGCAUCUCCUGAAUGCAAAGCCAUGAGGCCCUGGACUUCUGGCACAUCUCAAUAAACAUGUUCUUAUUCUGGGA